ACGCUGAUUGGCCAAUGCCGUGAGGCAGGCUCACGCGGCAGAGAGGCGAGGAACCGGCUAACACGCUUCCCCGAGGGGUCCGCUAAAAUGGCGGCCAAAGGGCCGCUGUUGACCUGGGAUAUUUCACCAAAAAAUGGCAGUGAAGUAUUUUUCUCACAUGAAAUUUAUGAAAAAUAUUCAUUGGCUCCGAGCCUCUCUGAACUAUGGCAGUUAUCAAACAGAGAGGUAAAGAAAAAUGUGGAGGCACUGGCAAACUCUUCAGAAAACAGACAGACUUCUAGCAUCCAGUCUGCAGAUCUAGUUGAGGUGGAGGCUAAAAGCACAACUGAUGAUCAUCCUUUUCCAGAACCUAGACUCCCCUAUCCAUUUACCUCAUGUUUGACUGAGAAGGAGCAGAAAACAUACUUAUAUCUGAUGUCUAAGUACUCAAAAAAAAAAAACCACUUUCAAGUUAAUGCAGCAAGUCAAAGAGAAUUAUUCACAUAUCUGCAAAUGAAAGAAGUAGUAAACAAUGAAAUUGCAGAAUUUAUGAAAUUUGCCCAAAAUGCUGCAAAAAGCUGUGCCAAGGAUUAUGAUGCCAUCUCUGAAGAUGCACUACGUUAUACUGAGGAGUUAUUUCGUGCUUGUAUUGGACAUGUCCAGAAGUAUCCUGAGUUUUACACACUCCAGGAGAUCAUGAGUAUCAUGGGAGGAAAGUUUCAUACACAGUUGACCUUUAGGCUGGAAAAAAAUCUUCUUGUAAUGGGUACGGCAAGACGUAGUCAAACAGAUUUCUCUGCCAUGCCUGUUCAGCUGCCCACAGAUUACAACACUGUUGCAUCUAUUAUAACUCCAGAAAAAAAGGCUUCCAUUAUACACAAUGAUAUUAGUUCAGAUUCAAAUGCAGAAAAGCUUGCUUUGAAAUACUGCCCUCAAGUUGUUUUAAGUAAUCAAUCAUUAUUUACUUUACUGAAUAAUCAUGGACUAAACUACAAGGAACAAUGGGAAAUUCCAGUUUGCAUUAAAAUGAUCCCUGUUCCAGGUAGCAAACCAGCUAAAGUGGUUUAUGUUGAUUCACCUCUGAUGAAAAAGGAAAUGACAGUAAGAGAGAGGAACCAAAUCUUCCAUGAAAUUCCAAUGGACUUCCUAGCAACUAAAACAUCUUAUGUUUCAAUUUCUGAUGUAUCAAUGGACAAACCAGCUGAGGACAGUCUGUUUCAGUGGGAUAUGUCUUCUGAUAGCUACCAGUGCAGGCAGAUUCCUCUUCCAGAUGACACCGGGAUGGACUUUGAUGAUGAUGUUACAGAACUGGAAACUUUUGGAGCAACUGUCAAGCUGUCAAGAACUUCUAAAAUGGAAAGUACUUUUCCUACAAUUAGUAACACUGCUAAAGUUUUAUCACAUGGCCUAAAAGCAUGGAAAAAAAAUACAUCCACCAUAAACAGUGGAGAUGAAGAAGGGAAAACCACCACUUCUGAGCAAGGAGUUUCAGCAUGUGCCAGCAUGCAGCUUCCAUCAUCAGAUGGCGUUCUGUGCCUCAGCCCUGAAGAAAAUUCUUCUCAUAAAAGCUUUAAUUCAGAGGAGGUAGGACUGAACAAACCACAGCAUGUUAUGACCAAAGAAGUAUUGAACAAUGAAACACAAUUAAAUACUCUAUCUAAUGCUGUGAGUUACAAGAAAGAGUCUGAUGCUGCACAAAAAAAUGAGACUUACCCUUCUUUAUGCAGUAGUGACACAGACGAGGAGCGUUUGGUAAUUGAUACAGAAUGUAAAAACACUGAUUGUUGCAAAACAACUGUACCAAAAACUGUUUGUCAUACCUCAACAGAGACUGCCAAAUCUCCUUCCCCCACCCAGAUUCCAUUAGCAAGCACAACUGAUGGAGCAGAUAUCAUGGAUCAGGGAAAAAAUGCCUCCAGGAAGCCUGUAAGAAAGUUGUCGAAAGAAUUUGAUCCUGUUGGACAGAUUUUGAAAAUGCAGACUGAACUUCUCAAGUCACCUUCCCAAAAAGCUCAUGAGCAGCCAGUGGUGAGCUGUGAUCACUCUAAUGCUACGCCAGCUCAUGUGCCUCAGUCUCCAAAACCACUGGUGACCUCCAGCACAGAAACUGUGCCAACCCCUGCCUCAAAUCCCAACAGCUCAUCUAGAAAUACCUGGACUUGGCUUUUUCAGGGAAUGCCAAAGAGAAAGCUGCCACAUGAACUUCAGCUGCUUGAAGAGGACCCUUCAGAGUAUAAAGCACCUCAGGAUGGCAACCUUGUGUAUAAGCUCUUCAGUUUGAAUGAUCUGUUGUUACUUGUGCGUUGCAAUGUGCAAAAAGUGAAGUCAUUGCCACGGUACCAGAAAAAGAAAAAAGCCCCAAAGGUUACUCCAGUAUUCCUGUUGCCAAAAUUAGAAUACCAAGUGUACUACGGUGUUGAAGCUCUUACAGAAAGUGAAGUAUGUCAGCUGUGGACAGAGAGUAUGUUGCAUUCUGAAUGCUUAUUUUAUAUUGGACGUAUUGAUGCUUUUACAUCAAAGCUUAUUAUGUUAGAAAAAAUUUCUCCAGAAAGUUUAAAAGAAAAACUUGGAUUGAUUAAGCCUGCAAAUUCAUUAAAUAUACUUCAUCACAUUUUGAAAAAAGUGUCUGAUUUGCAAGAGGGCUCUUACUUAUUAACUCACGCUGCAGGAGAUUCUUCAGUUGCGAUCUACAAGAGUUCUCUUGACAAGACAACAAGAGCAUCAUAUAACUUACAUAAAGCUCACUGUGAUCUGCCUGCUGUGCCUGCCACUCUCUCAGUCCCAUGGGUGCCACUAGAUCCCAGCCUCCCUUUGCCCUAUCACCUGAGUCAUGGAAGAGUUCCAUGCACCUUCCCACCUGCACCCCAGGAAGCCACGUGGAAACAGAAGAUGACUGGGACGAAAGGACAGUUGGACACACCCUGUGAGGGAAAGCCAGCAGUGAUGGAACUAAAAGGAAGUCCAGCUAAGCAUGUUAGAAAUGAAGGUGUGGCUGCAAAGAAGCUGAAGAAGAAUUACUGCAAACAAAGAAUGGUGAAGAAAAAGUGGAAAAUGAAGUAUAACAAAAUGCAACCGAAGUAGAAAUAGCUGAACCCUGCUGUGAUAAGUAUGGCCUGGAGAAGGACGAGAGGAAACAAAAAAUCUCAGGCAUUCUUGCAGCUUCAAAGGCACUAGAACAAGCUGGUGGGGGAAAUGGCAUAGCUGAAAUAUUGUAUAAACCUUUAACCCUUUUUUAUCUCAGUGGACACAUUUCAAGUGAAAUGUCAAAUUCAGUCAGAGAAAAAAAAGAGCAAGUGUCUGCAGCAGAGUUUAGGGGACAAAAGGAUCUUCUUUCUCAAUGAUUUUUGUAGAAAAGCUGUGUCUUGAAGAAUGAAGUGGUGGUUGACAGCAAUAUCUGAUGUCACAUAACAAGGAAAAUAACUUUUUACCUUUCUUAACUCUUUCAGAAUCACUACAGAUUUUUAUUCUGACAUAAUUUAAAAAUACAUUUUACUUUGUGUAAUGUGCAUAAGGGGAAUAACUUGGAUUUAAUGAGUUAAUUCUUUUAACACACAAUGUCUACCAGUUUUUAAAUUACUUAUAAAAAUACAUUUUCUUUUUAGGAUGAUGUAACAAAUGAGGUUUGGGUAACAAAAGCUGUGUUUAUUUGCAUAGUAUGUGCCAUAAAUUUGUACUAGGAAACUUACAAGUAGAGCUAAACGUUAAAGCAGAUAUAUUUACGCUCCCUAAAAACAAUUUGCAAAAAUCGUUCAGAUUCUGAUGUGUCUUCAAAAAUUAAUAUUGCAGAUAUUUACUGUAUUACUAAAUGGUUACAGACUAAACCUCCUAUCAGAUUGCACACUGAUAAGCACUAGCGCUUGCCUGAGGUAUUAAGGUUUGCCUGGAGGAACAAGUGAUAGGAUCAAGGCCUUAGUCAUCAUUCCAAAAACCCAACCAGCCUGCGCUAUACGUCAGCAGUUUGCUUGAAAUUUAGAGCCAAACUGACAGAGUGAAGUUAGGAAAAGACAAUACUUAUUAUCAAAAGGCCAACCAGUGGGAUGACACAUGGUUUCCUCGUGAAUAUGAGUUGUGUGGAAAAAUUAAAGUUGUUUUAAAUGUUAGUAUGUAAACACAUUGUGUGUAUAUAAGUGCAUUUUUCGUAUUACAGCUAUUUUACGGUACGUACUUUAUGUUUCAUCAAACAAUUUCAACAGAAACAGUUCUUGAAAUUGAGGCUCGAAAAUUAUAUUCUCUAUCAUUGCUUUUGUUUUGUGUUUUCUGGAUUUCUGUCUAUAUUUUCCUUUAUUUGGAGUAUUGUUUUUAGAAGAGCACAUAAAUUCUUGAAAAGUACAAGAAUGAGCCCAAUAAAUCCUUCCCCAGUUUUGCCUUUUAAACAACAUGAAUAACUUUUUUUAAAUGUCUGAGCCAAUUUUUGUUUGGAUGAUGUUCUAGAGAGCUGUUUGUAUGCAUGCUUAAACUGCUAACACACACAAAAAAAAGGCCUUAAAGAUGUUCUUCCAAGUGUUUUGUUUGGACUAAGCAAGUUACCAAGUACACACAUCUGAUCAAGCAUUCUUCUGCUCACGGGGGCUUGACACAUUUUAAUGUCAUGAAAAUAAAAAUUAAAUAUUUAAAUUGUUUACUGGAGUAUACCUGUUAUAAAAUCCCAAAGACAGUCUUUUUUAAAGCAGGCUUAAGCAUUGAAUAUGUAUUAAAAACUCUUCUUUGUGAAAUACAAAGCAUUUUCUGAUUAUUUUUUCCUCCACUGUUACAUAUAUUUAUUGUAUUGUUCAGUUUAUUGUUUUUUUGGCCACUACUGCUUUUAGCUGCAGUGAUAUGUUAAUAACAAGCUGAACUGGCUUAGAGCUGUUUGCAAAUUACAAAUAGUUCUGAUUUGAAAUCGUAAAUGUACUUAGUGACCUCUCAUAACAGGAAUAUUUUAGCUAUGAGUCAUUUUUGUCGGAUAACUAACUCUCUGUAGGGAUUCAAAGCCAUUUUGUUUGUAUAUAGAAAACGUUUUGCCAGACUUGUAUGGAAUUUAGUUUCUCAAUGCAGUUUCAUGUGUUAGAAAUGUAUGGUCUAUUUGCCCUUGUGUGUGUAUAUAUACACAUAUAUAUGUGCCUAAAAGAUUUGCAUAUUUCUCUUAAUAGUAUACUAUUAUACUAUGCUAGUAUACUACUAAUAAUAGUAUACUAAUGGUAGUUUCUUAUCUGUUUAGGGUAGGUAGGGAAUCUGCAGUUUGUAUACAACACAUAAGGUGGCUUUUUAAUUCACAGCUACGUUUUAUUUUAUUGUUCUCUUUUGUAUUAAGUGGGACUGGUAAUUUGCUUUAAGUGAUUCAAGUGUUUGAAAGACUGGUUUUGUUCACGUCACAGGUGGGAGUAACAAGGUAUUUGCAUCUAAAAUAAAAGUAUGUUUAAAAAAGUUGGAUAAGAGGAGAAGGGGAAAGUGAUAGCACGUUUAUUUCAGGCAGUAACAUCUGAAAUUUGAAACAAACAAAAUGUCUAAACAGAAUAAUUGGUAAAAAUUAUUUCUGUAAAGUCAGAAAAUGUGCUAAAUAUUAGUUGCUGGGUCGCUGGUUCUAUAUAGACUGCUCCUGAAGAGACAGUUACCUGUGGAGGAGAAGGAAGGAAAGCAGGAGAGCCUGACUGCUGUGAUGCCACCAAAGUAUAAAUUCCUAAAUGUAACACAGAUUGUAAAGGUGUGGGAAGCAGGAAACUACAGCUGAAGGAGAGUGAGUGGGCCUGGAUCUUACCCUGCAGGUAACUGUUGCUCUACAGCUAACUAAUAUUGAUCUUUUUUAUGUAACCUCAACCCACCCAGUUUAGGAAGAAAAUUCCACAGAUCAGUGUUUGGAAUGGAUUGUGUGUGUUUAUCUUGCAAUUUAUAUGGCUUGUUUUUAAAUUUAAUUACUACUUUUUGUCACUCCGUAUAUCUUUUACAUAUGCAUGUGGAGUGUGUGGUUAGAUAGAAUUUAUCCAGUAUAAGAAUAUUCCGAUUAUAUUUUUCCCAUGUAAUUUUUUUUUUUUAAUGUAGAUUUACCUGGUGGUAAAGGAGGAAGUGUGUGCUGUCCUCUCUUUUUGAACAGAAGCUCUAAGUGCUGGAGAACGAGUCAUCUGCAAACUUGGUGAAAAUGGAAUCCAUCAUGUUAUCCAGAUGACCUACAGGAAUACCUGGCAGCUGGAAGCACAAAAAACUGGGACCAAGUGACCAGCCUGGCACUCCUCUGCUGGCGGGUGCGAGCUGCUAACAGCAAGUGACUGUCCCAGCCCUGUGCAGUGAAGUUCAGUAGCAGACGUUGAAUCAUUUGAAGAGGACUCUGGGGAGCUCCAGUCACUAAAGUGCUCACUCUGUGAUUUCUGUGGUCAGCGUGCAGGAAGCCGAAGAUCACAAAUAGAUAACAGAAGUCUUUCCUAUUUGCACAGUCCGACUGCUGCCUUCUUCAGCUCACUGGUUUUCCAGUUUUUUCUCAAAG